AUGACACCAAUAGAAGAAAUAUUAGCUAGAUUUAUUUUUCUCUUCCUAAAACAUUUAAGUAUUGAAUUAAGUAAUUUGAUUAUCAUGAAAAAUAAUGAUCGACAACCAAAAAAAUCAAUUUUACGAAAAUCGUCCGAUAAAAAUCUUUCAUUAAAUCAAAAUAAUUCUAUUAUUUUAACACAAAAAUCCAAAUCAUUAAUCCGUCGUAAAGUUCUUUUUACACAUGUUGAUUCAUAUGAAUUCGAUCCUCAAAUGCCGUGUAGAUUUAUUAAUUCACCACAACGUGAACAAUUCUAUUUAUCUCCUAAUGAUAAACAAAUGCAAUGUUUAUGUCAUCGUAAUUUAAAAGCAACUUUUCAAAAUAAAUCCAAAAUUAAACGGAAACGUGAAUAA